AUGAACUCCUCCAACUAUGAAAUCUUCCGAGAUAUUCUGUCCGGCAUUAUAGUCGCGAAAUCCAAUGAAAGACCUCGCGAGUCGUCAAAACGCAAAGCGAACAAGGCGCGAAGAAAUAACACGUCGAGCAGCAAUAACCAUGUGAAGACCACACCCGUCGUCAAAACAGAGCCCUUCCAAAGGGCCAAUCCCGAGGAUUUGGCCGAGUUUGUUGAUUUCCUCGCGUCUGAAAUCUUCACCCACCUCCCCGACGUCCUCCAAUCCCUCUCCUACAGCACUACCCAGCAAGACCCUUCCCUCCGAACAGAUGUCUACCCAACCCCCCUUCCAACUUCCCUCAUUGAAGCUCUCUCGUCAACUCUCCCAUCAACAGUAACUGAAACACUCACCGUCUACUGCCUAAUCCCCGACCCCGCCGACAUCCCCGAAACCCUCCUCUCCCCACUUCUAAAUGAGUACGUCUCCAGCGUAACAGCAGGACCACCAGUAUGGGCAUCUACACGGACAGAUGCGUGCGAGAUCUGCGAGCGGGAUUGGAUACCUCUAUCGUAUCAUCAUUUGAUUCCGCGGGCUAUGCACGAGAAGGUGCGCAAGAGGGGGUGGCAUGAGGAGUGGAUGUUGAAUAGUGUUGCGUGGUUGUGUCGCGCGUGUCAUAGUUUUGUGCAUCGGAUGGCAGGAAAUGAGGAAUUGGCAAGGGAAUGGUAUACCAUCGAGAGGAUCUUGGAAAGGGAGGAUGUGCAAGAUUGGGCGAGGUGGGUUAGUAGGAUUCGGUGGAAGAAGACAUAG